AUAGAGCAUAAUUUAUAUUCUUUGUAAAAAUGCCAGUUAUUGCAAAGAUUUCAUGCAAUCAAUAAAUGUAUGUAACGACUAAUUUACAUUUCAAUCUCGAAGUCUCCCAGAGCACUUGUCAAUUAGUCAUGGCGGACAAAGUUGCCGUGGUUACCGGUUCAAAUAAAGGAUUAGGAUACGCUAUCGUCAAAGGAUUGUGCCAGAAGUACGACGGAAUCGUUUAUUUAACCGCUAGAGAUGAAGCAAGAGGACUGGAAGCCGUGAAGAGUCUGCAAGAAUACGGAACUAAGAUACGUUUUCACCAACUUGACGUGAGUAACGAAGACAGUGUAAAAACAUUCGCGGUUUUCAUUAAAACAACACACGGUGGGUUCGAUGUACUAGUAAAUAACGCCGCGAUUUUAGAAUGGGACGAGAUUUAUCCAACCUACGAGGCCGCGAAAAGAAACAUUGACGUAAAUUAUAAGAGUUUAUUGACUGUCGAGAAGUAUUUGUACCCGUUACUACGAGAUGGCGCUAGAGUCGUAAACAUCUCAAGUUCGUGUGGCCACCUCUCUAACUUGAAAAAUAAAAAAUGGAUCGAAAUUUUAAUGGACAAAGACAAGGUUUUAACAACUGAAAAAAUUAACGAAUUUGUUGAUGAAUACUUAGAAAGUGUUAAAAAUGGAACGUUUGAUAAAAACGAUUUUGCUGAUGAUGGCAAACAUGCUGAGCAUAGAGUUUCGAAAAUUGCUGUAACUGCUUUGACUAAAGUGCAGCAAAGAAAAUAUGGAGAUAGGGAUAUUUCUAUAAACGCUGUGCAUCCUGGCCAUGUAAAAACUGACAUGGCUAAUGGAGGAGGCGAGGCUAACCCUGACGAGGCGGCUGGUGUUAUCCUGUACUUAAUUUUGGAAGCGUCACAAAAAUUAAAGGGCACCUUUAUGUGGUACAACAAAAAAUUAAUUGAUUGGGAAGAUGCUGACUCCGAUUUUGCCUGUAAAGGCCUUUGGUAAACGUAAUUACAUUUCGUUUUGGUAAUCAGAUAUUUAAUAAAUAAAUUUUAUGAUUUGGUUGAUUA